UGUCAGCGUGUGCGUGUGAGCUGGUGUGUGUGUGGGAAGUUGCAGACAGAGAGAACAAAGUAAAAUUUGAAAAGUUAAAGCACUGCAGCUGCUGAGGAUAUAGCCAAAAUCGGACGAAUCACUGUCAUGGCCAAGGUUAUAUCGCAGGACACCUUCGACGAUGUGGUCAAAGAGAACGUGGUGGAGUUUUCCAUGACGCCAUCGGAGGCGAAGGAGGAAACCAUCAAACAAUUCGAGGCGCAGGGCAUUAACCUGGCCAACAUCAUCAAGGAUCUGUCCGUCAAUCCGCAGACCGGCCAACCGGUCAUCAACGAAACGGUGGACAAGAUCAAGGAGCACAUUGGCCAAAAAACGGAGGACACGACCCAGCUGCUGGAACAGCUGGCCAUCCUUGAUGGCGAAUGCCAGAAGUCCUUGGCCCAUCGCGUUCUAGCCGGCAAGAACGGUGCCCACGAUGCGCUGAUCACUCUGCUGGAGGAAACCCUCUCUGCGGAUAAACCCAACGAAUCGCUGAUCAAAAAGACCCUGGAGGCGGUCAACAGCCUGACCCACAAGCAGCCGGAUCUGUUCGAUGCCGAGGCCAUGGCAGUGGUCCUCAAGCUACUGGCCCUCCAAGUGGAGAGCGAGGACGUCACGUUGCUGACGCUACAGUGGCUCCAGAAGGCGUGCAUCAUGCACGAGAUGAACCGCCAGAACAUCAUGAAUACUCCCGCCCUCAAGUUGAUGAAGCCUCUGCUGGGCAAAGGCAAGGAUCGUCUGGUGCGCGAGCUGACCGCCGUGUUCCGUUUCCUGGUCCUCGACGACGACAUCCGCGUGGAGUUCGGCUGUGCCCAUGAGCAUGCCCGCCAAAUAGCCGGCGAGGUGCUGCUCCCUUUGGUGGAACUGCUGCCGGCCUACGAGGAUCCCAAUGUGUUGGCCGAUCUGCUGCUCACCAUUGGAACGUUGGCUGUGCGCCAGGAACUCUGCACGGCCAUCGACGAGGCUGGUGGCCUGAAGUCCGUCUUCGAGAUCAUGAGCCAGAACCUAGACGAAGUGCGUCUGAACAAAGAGGCCUUGAAGUUACUGCGAGCCCUUGCCGGUCAUGACUCCGUGAAAACACACAUUGUCCAGCAAGGCGUGGCUCCCAUCAUAAAACAACUGCUGGAGACGCACCAUUCCAACGAGAACAUCGUGGCCGCCGCCUUGGCCUGCGUGACCACGCUGACCCUGCGAGUAAAGGAGCACAGCGCCGCCUUUUUCGAGACUGGCAUUGCCGAAGUGAUCGUCGAGGCGAUUCGCGCCCAUCCCAAGCACAAGAUUGUCCAGCGGAACGGAGCCUGGGCCAUCCGCAACAUGGUGUCGCGGUCGCGCAACCAAUGCGAGACCUGGAUCUCCUUCGGCAUCGAGGAUCUGCUGAAUGCCGCAAUGAAGGAGCAUCCCAGCGUGCAGCAGGACAUCAAGGCGGCGCUGCGUGAUCUCGGCUGCAGCGUCCACCUGCGCGAGGAGUGGACGGGAACGGCGGAAAAGAAGAUCGCAGCCUGAUCGCACACAUCAUGUCUUUUGUAUUUUUUUGUAUUUAACACUAACUUAUUACUACUGCUUAUUCCAUGCAUUGGCUAACUAACAAAAUCGGCAAUCCUCAAUAGCAAACACACGCUAAUACCCAA